AUGCAUCCAACAUCUCUCCUAAAAGCCCUCCUCCUAACCACCACAGCCAACGCCGCCACACCCGCCUACUCCAUCGUCGAGCCCACCCAAGGCGCCAUCGUCUCCCUAGGCACAGCCACCGUCAUCAAAUGGAACACGACCGAGCCUAACUCCGACAAAGUUUCCUUCUUCCUCGAAACCACCACCAACUCAACCUCCCUCUUUACCAUCGCCUCCAACAUCUCCAACUCCGGCUCCAUCUCCUGGGCCCCACCCUCCAGCAUCACAACCGGCACCAACUACAUCGUCGUCCUACAGCCCUCCUCCGACAGCGACUGCACAGAAUACAAAUCCUCCGCAUUCACCAUCUCCGCCUCCAACGCCUCCACAACAUACUACCCCACCGAAGGCGAAGAGGUCAAAACCGGCCAAACAACCAUCAUCACCUGGAAAGUAGACAGCAAUGUCACAAAUGUCAGCAUUUACCUUAUGGAGGGGUCCGGGACGUCGGAUUUAACGAAUGUCACUACUAUCACGACGGAUAUUGCUAACUCGGGCGAUGUGGCGUGUAUUCUUGCGAGUAGUGUGAAGUCUGGGAAUGAUUAUAAGUUUGCGAUUGUGGAUACCGAGGAUCCGAGUAGUGUGUUGUAUUCGGAGACUUUUACGGUGGUUAAUGAGGGGGGGAAUAAGGGCUCGUCUGGUAGUGCGUCGGGAAGUGCGACGUCGACGUCGUCGAGUACGGCUUCUUCGGGGUCUGAGUCGACCUCGACUUCGACUUCUGGGGCUUCGAGGGUUUGGAUGCCUUUUGGAUGGGUGGUUGCGUUGGUGGUGGUUCCUUUGCUGUGCUAG